CGGUGGCAUUCUUCAACCUCGCACUUCCACCUGUCUCUAACCUUUACCAGACACAUCUCCUUCGAAUCAGCGUCUUCAGCAAACCCAAUUCGCAAUGGUCGUCGGAUCGGUCCUCGUCACUGGUGGAACAGGCUACAUUGGCUCCUUUACGGCCUUGGCUCUUCUAGAGGCCGACUACAAGGUCGUCAUUGUUGAUAAUCUCUACAACUCUUCAAAAGAAGUCAUCAACCGCAUUGAGCUCAUCUGCGGAAAACGCCCAGUGUUUUAUGAAUUGGAUAUCACGGAUGAGGCCGCUCUCGACAAGGUGUUUGACGAGCAUCCGGACAUUGACAAUGUCAUCCACUUCGCUGCAUUGAAGGCCGUCGGAGAGUCUGGGGAGAUUCCUCUGGAAUACUAUCGCGUCAAUGUUGGAGGCAGCAUCUCGCUCCUCCGAUCCAUGACUAGGCACAAUGUCACCAACAUUGUCUUUUCGUCUUCUGCGACUGUUUAUGGCGACGCUACACGCUUCCCAAACAUGAUUCCCAUUCCGGAGCACUGCCCCAUUGGCCCCACCAACACCUAUGGACGCACCAAGUCCACUGUGGAGUUGAUCAUUACCGAUCACAUUGAAGCACAGCGCAACAAUGCCCGCAAGGCUGGCACGUCCGGAGAGCAGUGGAACGGUGCUCUGUUGAGAUACUUCAACCCUGCUGGUGCUCACCCCAGUGGUAUCAUGGGCGAGAACCCUCUGGGUGUCCCGUACAACCUCCUUCCCCUUCUCGCUCAGGUCGCAAUCGGCAAGCGGGAUAAGCUUCUCGUGUUUGGAGAUGACUACAAAUCGAGAGACGGAACUGCCAUCCGAGACUACAUUCACGUGCUCGACCUCGCCAAGGGCCAUCUAGUGGCACUGAAUUACCUCCGUGAGCACCACCCGGGCGUCAAGGCAUGGAACUUGGGUUCAGGCCGCGGCUCAACUGUUUUCGAGAUGAUCAAGGCGUUCAGCACGGUGGUCGGUCGCGACCUCCCCUAUGAGGUGGUGGAACGCCGGCAGGGCGACGUCCUGGAUCUCACUGCCAACCCUUCCCUGGCGAACCAGGAGCUCAAGUGGAAGACGGAGCUCACUCUGGAGGAUGCAUGUGCGGAUUUGUGGAAGUGGACGAAGAACAACCCGGAAGGCUACAAUCAAGAGCCUCCCAAGGAGUUCGUUGAUGCUCUCAGGAAUUAACUGAGCACGGCGAGACAGACAUGAGCCAUGAUGAUGCCCGUCGAGGCUACCAAAAACGUUCAUAAUAAUGAUGUGCAUAAUCAAAUGGAUGAGACCGAUGCGGUUGGG